CUGAGCUUGUCAGAGGAAGCAGCUCAGAGCGAUCUGCCGGUGUUUUCCCGGAACCCCUCCCAAGAACCCCACCUACCAUUCCGUCAGCAUGAACAUACAAGCUGACCUCGUAGCAGCACCAGUAACGUUGCGAUGUAGCGUAAGGGACAUCCAAAUACCAAGGGACUAGGUACACGUAUGUGAUCUGUCCUCUCAGAGUCAAAUUGGUUGAAGAGGUUUCUCUAUAGAUUAUACCUUCCGGCCUAUUACCUACCUGCUUCAUUCAAUCCACGCUCUCUCUCUAAAGCCUCAAAACAACACGGGAACCCCAGCAAUAUGGCAGCUAUACCCAUACUACCAAAUGGGCCUUCAAAGGUCACUGGUCUGAUACCCCAGAAAGAGAAGAACCAAGAAAUAAUUGCCCAAGCGCGGAAACUCAAUAAUACUCCUUGGUGUGAACAAUAUGAGCGUAUGAUCUCUGGAAUGCUGUAUGUCCCCCCUCUCCUCACCAUUUUCAGGCUUCAACCAAUAAUUAAUUCUCUAGUUAUGACUCCCUCGUCCCAGAACUAGAAGAAGGCCGUCUGCGCUCUCGAAAACUAAUGAAGAAAUACAACGACUACCUCCCCGAAGACGCAACAACCACCUCGUUGGGUGAGAGGAGGGAAGAGAUGCUGCGGAAUCACCUGGGAUAUGUAGGAAAGGAUUGUUGGAUCGAGACACCCAUAUAUCUUGAUUAUGGAUGUAAUAUCAGUAUCGGUGAAAGAUUCUAUGCGAAUACGAAGUUUGUCUUUCCCUCUUCCUUUAUCACACUGGGAGCUAAGAAAGGAAUAGUCUGGUGAUUCUCGACUGCGGACUCGUGACGAUUGGAGACCGGGUUAUGUUUGGACCAAGCGUUUCUAUCUACGCCGCUACCCAUGAGACAGAGGUGCAAUCCCGAAGAGACAAUAUUGAGUUUGCGAAGGAGGUGACUAUUGGGAAUGAUUGCUGGAUUGGAGGUAAUGUUGUGAUAUUAGCGGGUGUUUCGAUUGGAGAGGGCUGUACAAUUGCUGCCGGUGCUGUUGUUACGAAGAGUGUUCCGCCUUAUUCGGUGGCUGCCGGGGUCCCUGCUAGGGUUGUUAAGAAGGUGCAGCCUGUUGAGUAGUGAGCUUGGCAUUUUAUUAAAGAGAUAAGAUCCUGCAUUUUAUUACCUGUGUAGAUGAAACUGGGCCAAAAAAGUAGAUAGGAGUUGUAAAGGAUGAGCAGGUGGACAUUGUAACUAGGCGCCUUUGUAAGUUGCUAUAUACAUCUAUAGUCCUUCAAUAUAGCC